AUGAGUGUUUGCCACCAGAGCCACAUAGACCGCUGUGAAGAGCUGGUUGGAAAGCUAGAGCAGAUCUUGCACGACGUCAACGGCACGCAUGACACACAUGACGUCCAGCCAGAGGGUCUUCGUUUGGAAGAUGAUAUGAAAAGAUGGACAGAGGCGUUGAAGAUUCAUAUCGAUGCAAUCCGACAAAAAGGUGAAGUGUCACAACAUAAUGAUAGCAGUGGAGCAGACACCAUCUUCUCAGUCCUCAGCAACGGAAUGGACGACACCAUAGACUUGAUCCGAGACACGGCCACGCUUCCAUCUCUCCAACAAACGACACGCAUGCUGUCAGAUCUCAGAAUGCGAGUCGCGUUACACACGGAGUCAACCACUUUAAUUACGGAUCACUUGGACAGGUGGAGCUUCAGAUAUACCCCGAAUGCCCAGAUGGAACUCAGUAAGAUGGUCACUGCCUAUUUCAAUCAAAAAGCGAAUCUAGAAGCUAGACUCAAAGACGCCUUUCGAUGCAACUCAUUUGCAUUGCUUGCAAACCACAAAUCAACCAGCCAAGACAAAUGUGGUGGGCUCGAUUUCUCGCCAGGAAAUGUUUUAGUAGUCCCAGAUUCCAAAUCAGGCAGAUACCUUGAAUCGUUGAAGGCUGAAGCGGCAGUAUCGCUUCCAGACUUUCGGGAGGAUACAGCCAUGGAGACUGUCUUGAGAGUUUCAAUAUAUCUCCUUGAUGUGUUAUAUAUCUCGCUCCAUGGAACACGUGCGGGAGCCGCUCACGAGAUCAAAACUUCCAAACUUCAUGGAGAUUUAUACAAGUGUGCUUGGAUUGUCCACAAUCUUAUCAACUACUAUGCAUCGAGAACGACCAAUGCUGAGAACUUUGAAGUCAAUCAAAUCGUUGAAAUGGUACUCGAAAAAUUGACCCGUGCUUUUGUCACCUAUGACAAGAUUGCUCGAGCUUCAGUCGACUUUGAACCUGACUCUUUGGAUCUUUCCAUCCGAGAUCCUUUUGCAUCCUCAAUUUCACGCAAAAAGAAGGUCUUGUCACUUGUCAUCAACACUCUACCAAAGGUUGACUCGCGGCUUUUGGACUUUGCCGAGCCAAAGGACGGACCUGCAUUCACAUCGAGUCCCUAUUCAUCUCCACAUGCAUUUUCAAGAGGCAAAGGACAAGCGUCACUCUUUCAGGCGGAUGCGGCACCUCAUAGCGUCGGAAUCGACGAGCCAUUUGAAUUGCUCACAGCCUCGUUCGAUGCCGAGCAGUCCUUGGAGAAUCAGAAAUGGAUUCCCUCCACGAUUCGGAUUACACCGGAACUAUCAGUAGUCGCAAAAUUUCGUGUCCGCAUUUGCCAAGAGAACUCACUUAUUCGUGAGAUUGUUGUCAACGCGGAGAGAGCAGAAGUUGUACCAAAUUACUGUUUUCGAAAGACACCUGCAGUGCUGUCGUUCAGAGAAGGGAGCCAAAGCAGCUCGAUUUUAUUUUCAACAAAAUCUGAAAUUGCUGAUUUGACGGACUUGACAAGCUGCUUUGUUGAAGAUCAAUUUGAAAGCUACUUCCCUUCCAUCAAUGAAGUUUUUUUUCAAGGCAGGAAACUUUCGUCGAGCAUCAAAUUGUUGAGUCCUACAGCACAAGUCUGGACGGUGGCUGAUCCGGGAAGAAGAUUUUACCCUGUCCAUGCGCACUGUUCACAGCCCAUUGUAUCAUUGCAGCAGAAAGAUGCAAUUGAGGCUAUAGCGGAUCAAGUCGAAGUGUCAAGAAUACUAUUCUUUGGUGGAUCGUCUAUCUUUAGUGUACUUGUCACAGACCAAACACAGCUCACUCGGAGCGGAGCAAAUUCUGUAACGGUAUCUUGCAACUCCAGAGCAGGUAGCUCUCUACCAAUAACUAUCAAAAAAGGGACAGACGCUCGUCCAGCGGGGAUUCCAAUGACUUCUAGCGCCCGAGCACGGGACAAGACCGCCGAGAGUAAGGAGUUCUCGUCCAUCAGCAUUAUGUUUCCAGGCCCCAAAGGGGCCGAUGAGUUCGAGGAGGCGUAUCAGCGAUGCAAUGAAAGAUGGCUUUCGAAAGCCGCAAGGUUAAAAGCUCAGCGAAACUUACGACGAGACCCGAUCAUCAGAUCAAAAUCGCAUUUUCAUUAG